AUGGGCGUCGAAUAUUAUUUACAGCCGCCAGUCAACCAAUUAUUUUAUCGUUAUAUGGCUAACUUGAUGAGUUUCUUCAGCGUCGGAGAUCGGGCGGCGUGGGGCUACAAGAAAGUAACCACGGUCCAGGUUAUUAAUAGUACGAUUAUGUAUAUAUUUGGACCAGUAUGCGUCGUCUCUCAAAUAGUAUACUUUUAUUUUAAUUAUUCCGAAUUGAAUUUCGAUAUAUUGGGAAUCAUGUUUUCUAUUUUUCCCGCAACGUGUUUAGCUAAUGUGAACAUAUAUUCAUCUAGAUUCAAAAGUUACAAGCAUCUUUCUUUGAAUUUCUUACAAAAAAUUCAUUUAUAUAAUAUUUAUAAGGAGAGCAAAGAUGAGUUUGUUAAGAAAAGACUGGUUUCUAUGGAACGAAUGACGCGCUGGACUUCAUAUUAUUUAAUAUUUUUCUUCGUCACCAACUGGUUAGGAUGGAUGACAAUAACUGCCGUGAACAAUUAUAAUAACAGAGAAUUGGUUUUAAACCAUACAGUGAGACUUCAAACGUGCCUAUUUAUAUGGAUGCCUUUUGAUUACAGUUAUGAUUACCGUUCUUGGUUUGUUCUUCAUUUAAUAAACUGUUAUACAGUACUGGCUGGAGUAUCGUCUAUGAUGAUAUUUCAAAGCGUAAACUAUAUGAUUGUUUAUAAUUUAAUCGGUCAUAUCCAUGUCUUAAAGAAAUCACUCAAGACGGAUUUUACCCAUAACUUGAGUGAUCAUGACGUACGUAAGAAACUCAGUAAAAUUGUGGAAUACCAUACAUUUAUAAAUAAAGUUUUCAAGGAAGCGGAAAAUGCAUUUGGAUUUAAUGUUGCUGCCAACUAUCUGCAAAACUUAUUUGGCAAUAGCGUAGUACUUUAUCAAUUAAUGUACGGGGGCAGAGAGAACAUGAUGUUGUACGUGACAAUGAUCAUGGCAUAUACAGGGGGACCGAUUUUGAUGUCGUUCGUUCUUGAGGAAAUACGAAGACAGACACAUGACUUACCAGACGUUGUAUACAGCAUACCAUGGGAGAAAAUGUCAGUACCGAAUCAGAAAACGGUAUUGCUUAUUCUACAAAGAACACAGAUUUUGAUGGAUUUUAAAGCACUCGGAGGCUUCAAAGCAGGUGUCGGCCCUAUGAUAUCAAUACUUAAAACAACAUUUUCAUAUUACGUGAUGCUAGAAACAACAAUAUCAUAG